GACAUCACUGCCGGGGCCCAGGCCACCUCCUUUCUGCGCUCGCUCUCGUGGUGGAAGCAGCAGGCGCGCUUCGACAUGCAGAACGACGCCGGCGAGUUCGUGGACCUGUACGUGCCGCGGAAAUGCUCCGCCAGCAACCGCAUCAUCGGUGCCAAGGACCAUGCGUCCAUCCAGAUGAACGUGGCCGAGGUAGACAAGGUCACUGGCAGGUUUAAUGGCCAGUUUAAAACCUACGCUAUCUGCGGGGCCAUUCGCAGGAUGGGUGAGUCAGAUGACUCCAUUCUCCGAUUGGCCAAGGCAGACGGCAUCGUCUCAAAGAAUUUUUGACUGGAGAGAAUUGUGGAUGUGGAACAUUUGUCAUAAAUAAAUAGUGAAAAGUC